AGUUCAUUGAUGAUAGUUGGCUUGCUUGGAAAUAAAGCUGCAUUGGCUCCUAAACUUUUGAAUAGUUUGAUAGGUUCAGUUGCCGAGGUUGCUCGGGAGGAGGCUAAAGAGUCGACAGAUCUUCAUAUAUUCAUUGGUUUCGGUUGUCCCUUAUGGCCUUAAUCAAUCUUGUCCAGUCCCAAAAUGUUGAAAUACUUCCAAUAAAGGCCUUGGAGGUUUUAAAGGAACUAAGGGAUUUGCCAGUGGUUUUACUAGAAUUGUCUAAGGAGUUCAACAUUGAAAAGUUUCUUGUUGUUUUAUUGGACUCCUUAAUUGACUGCUGUUCUAAAGAUGAAUACUGCCAGCAGGCUUUGCUGUCCUUGAUAGAAAAGGUCCCCAUAAAUGAUUAUGUUCAUCGCGUCGUCACCAAAAUCCUAUCAACUUGUGUGAAACUAUCCCAAAAAGUUGACGACUCAAUAUCUUUGAUGUCAGCUGGAUGGGCAAAGAAGAUUCUGAUAAUUGUUAUACAAAGUAUCCGUUUGAACUUCGUGGAGCAGUUAAUCAUUUCCUUCAGAAUAACAAAUCACAUUCAAAGAAAGACGAUUCACUGUAUAAGAUUUUAUGCAAGAUGUUGGAUGGUAAUCUGGAUUCACCAUCUGAUAUCUCAGAGUCUUAAGUUUGCUUUGCCUUGUAUCAUCCAAAGGCUGAUGUUAGAUGAACUACACUGCGUGGUAUAAAUUCUUCUGGCAUCUUGAAAAACGAAGCAU